CGUCCCAUACAUUUUCUCACUUUUACUCCAAUUAAAAUUAGUGAAAAUCAACAUAAGAGCAACAGCAAGUGUUUUUAAUACACCUGGUGGUAUAAUCAGUGCGUGAAUGCCGCCCAGCGAUGUGCGAGUGAGCCAGGAUGGUGGCUAAUAUAGGUGGAAUCAACCAGACUAAUGUGGAGGCAACAGCAUACAUAAGCGCGGUAGCGGCGUUUGCCGUGGUCGUGCUAGUGGUGCUGCUAUUCCUGGGCCGACGCUGGUGCUACUCCACAGUCUUCGGCCGCAAGUGCUGCGAUGACAUCCUCACUGUAAACGCGUCUGUGGCAUCUCCUGGACUACCCCACGACAAUGCUCAAUUUGAUGCUUUGUCGAAAACGAACCAUUAUCCUGAACGCGUUUUCACGUUCGAGGCCUCCGACUCUGAUGAAGAACUGCGCUUGCGCAUACAACAGGAUAAAGAGGAGGUGGAAUGCAGGUACGAGGAAAAGAACGAGAACCAAAAUCAGUCCAAAGUGGAGGUUGAAGUGAUAGAGAAAACGCUCCGAGAGACCUCUAUUCGGGAGACGAAGAUUGAUGAAAUUGUACCGCAGAGAGCUGAGUACAUCCAUACCUUGGAAGCCCAGAGUAGCGUUGAAAGCGAUGUUAUUGCGCACAAUGAUACAUCCUUACUUUGCGGCGAGAGCGGUGGAGGUCCACAGGAGCGUGGUACUGUAGAGUUGACGCUGCUUUUCGAUGCGCCUGUACGUGCCAUGACCGUGCACGUUUUGCAGGCGAGGUCCUUGCCGCCCAAGGCGCCGGGACAAGUGCUUCAGAGUCAGGUUCGAAUUGUACUGUUGCCGCUGAAGAAACAGAAAUACAAAUCUAAGAUACGCAAUGGGGAGAACCCGCAGUAUAUGGAGAGCUUCGUCUUGCACAAGAUCAAUCCUGAGGACGUUCACGGUCUUGGUCUUCGGAUACGGAUAUAUGGAUGCGAACGCAUGCGUAGACAACGUCUGCUCGGUGAAGCUACCGUUAGUUUCGCGAAUCUGAACUUCGAACUGGAAAACAACUUGUGGCUCCAACUAUCACCGAGACAACAUCAUCCAAGUCUGCAGCUGCCAAAAUUAGAUCUCAACCAAUCGAUCACGGGUGUGCUGGCGAGUCCAUCUUCAAUCACGACAGCAAUGUCGCCUGGAACAAUGAGCGGAGAGGCGUGCAGUCUCGCAAGGUCUGACUCGGCAUCUUCCUGCUGCAGCACACGCUCCGCUCCCGAGUUACUGCUCGGACUGCAGUACAACUCGGCAACUGGACAUUUGUCCGUUGAGGUCAUUAAGGGCACACAUUUCCGGAAGCUGUCGCCCAACAAGGCGCCAGACACGUAUGUGAAGCUGGUUCUCAUCAGCUCGCUGGGUAUGGAGAUGGGUCGCUGCAAGUCAUCAACGCGCCGUGCUCAGUCCAAUCCGCUUUACAAGGAACUCUUUAUAUUCCAGGUGACGCUGUUCCAACUGAGUGACGUGACGCUGAUGGUGUCAGUGUGGUGGCGACGCAGCGUCAAACGGAACGAGAUGGUGGGCUGGUUCUCCCUCGGACACAGCUCGUCUGGGCGGGAAGAAGAGAGACACUGGCAGGAUCUGUGCGAACAACAGGGCCAGCAGCCAUCUUCCCAGGUGCAGCGAUGGCACGUAUUGCUGGACUCCUGACGGUCAUCCACAUAGCGCGCGGUGGAAGAUCGCAUCGUUUGAACUAACCCCGCCUUGCCCUUCGGCAUCGUUUGAUUGUUGCACAAAGUCCUGGCCGCACCAUGUUGGUGUCUUUACGUCGUGAACGACUUCGGCGCACGGCGUCCGCCAGGACGCACUGGUCAAGACUAAGGCUUUACGCCCGCGUCUACGUCCUUUAUGCCCUCUUGUCGACCUAAAAGGUCUUUUACGAGUUUGGUGUUGUGAAUAUUCGUGUUUGCUUUGUUUGUCGAUAUUCUGUAAAAUGGAAGAUGUUGUUCAAUUAUUCCAGUUUGGUGUGCUUAGUAUAUUAAACAUUGUUCUUAUGUGAGAAGCGUGGCUACGACUGAUAGAAUUUCGGUGUGAUGGUGGGUUUUUUGAGAGGGAA